GUCGAACCCGCAACGUCCGCGUCGAGGACUAAGGCCUCCAAAUGUGGGGCAUGCUAACCCCCUGAGCCACCACAGCAAUCCCCUUCAAGAAACCUUUUUGAUCAGUCAGACUCAGUGUUAGACCCAGUUCACCACUAAUGGUAUCGGAGGAAAGAAAAGGUCUGAAUCAUUUUUGAAACUUGAACUGAGCAAAGACCUGCUGCUCUACCUCAGCCUUUCAAUGAAUGUUUUUCUAAUUGACAGGUCAGGAACAUUUUGGGUUUGUUGUGAUUGAAAGUGUUUUCCUCUGUAAUCUGUCUCUUUACAGGUGAUGCUGUCCAGAUAAAACAUCACCUGCUGCACAUAAACCAUGUUUCUAUCCAUCCAUGUGCUCAGGAUCCACAGCAGUGUGUGUGUAUGAAGACAUGUCUGACUUGUGGACAUUCCCGGCAGCGUCUCCUCCUCCCAUCGUCCACCAGUCGCACUCCCUCCCUCCUUUCUCCACCUCCUUAUUCAGGAACCAUGGAAACCUUUCUCCUGCCAAGGUGUCCUCGCCUCACAUAUAUCCGCCCCAGAAUACGUCCCCUCACAUGUGUCAGGUAACCUCGCCGAACCUCAGACUGCAGACCCAGACUUCCUCCUUUCAGUUCCCCCAGUCCCAGAUGACCUCCACUCACCUCACACAGCCGCAGGUCGCCUCCCCGCACCUUUCACCGCAGAUGGAGGUAUCCCCGUCCCACCUCUUCUAUCAGCCCCAGAUGACCCCUGCUCACCUCCAUUCAGCCCAGGUCAACUCCUCCUACCACUCCCCUCUCCUCCACAGCCCUCAGGUUAGCUCCCCUCACCUCACUCCCCAACCUCAGCUCUUCCUGUACAACCAGAACCCGGACCCAGAGUUGGACUACACCGACUGGAACAAGUGUGAGGCGUCCUCUGAUCUGUCAUGUUAUCUCAAUGGGAGCACGUUCUCCUACCAGGACCAGUCACCCUCCCAGUACCAGUACAGCACCAGUGAGACACCCCACACGGAUGAGGUGGAGCAAACAGCUAAAGCCUAUAACACUCCAUCGAUUCAUGCCGGUGGCAUGUUUGAUCACAGCAACCCAGCAGGUCAGGCCCCGCCCACCUGGGACUCCAUGUCCCCCACCCUGUCCCAGGUCCAGUGUCCUCCUCUGGGCUCAUCCUCUGCAGCCGAUGCCAUGGGCAGAUGGAGCUCCAUUGAGAUGAGCUCUUCCCCUGCUGAGGAUUUCCCCAACAACCAGUUCUACCAUGAGGGUUACCAUGGAAACAACACCCAGCAGCCCUUCUGUAGCCCAACAACCCCAGGUCCAAGUCCUCACUACCCUCCAACGCCGGCCGUCUCCAGUCCAGGUCCUCAGAUGCGGACAGGUUGUCCCAAACAAACGUCCAACCAGCUGAGCAGGGACCCCGCCGCCGCGCUUUCUCCCAGCGACCCCAGCAGCUACUUCCCGUCCUCCGACAGCACCCAUCCCCACCAGAGAACCCAGCACCUCCUGCCGGGGCAGAGCGAAGCGGAGGAGGCCGCCGGCAGCCUUGAGACCAGCUUCUCCCCUCUGGACAGAGGUCCAGUCUGCAGUGGUUCUGGUCCAACCUCUGGCCUAUCUGCGGGACGGAGCUGUAAGGAUGAGUGUAGAGGAGGAAGAAGAGGGUCUAGAAAAGGGGCUGAAAGCCAACCAGACUGGAACUGGGGGAAGCAGCUGCAGCCUUUAAGAGCCACUGGGGUUCUGGACUCCAGCAGGUGCCGGCUGCUGUGCACGGUGUGUAACCGCGACUUUAAGAGUCUCCCAGCAUUAAACGGACACAUGCGCUCCCACAGCGGCUUCAGAUCGCCGACACGCCUGAAAAAGGACACCUCUUCUCCCACUCAAAGCCCAGUGUCCAUCGUGAUGCCCGUUUCAGUCCCGGUCCAAACCAGAGGAAUGUCCGGGCAGAAGAAAGGCGUCAUGCCCACCCCAGCCAGCGGGGGCGCUGUGCUCUACCGCAGCAUAAUGCAUCUGAAGGAGCAGGAAGAGUCUGGAUCUAAGGGCAGCCGGGUUCAGAUGGCUGAUCUGGGUCACUACACCCCUCCCCCGAUGCUCCGCCCCGACAGGCCUGGGACGGGGCUGUACCGCUCAAUCACCACCAGGAGGCAGCAGAGAGCAGACAUCAUGCAGCUGCACAUUUUAGGUGACCCUGUUCCUAUGGCAACCGCCUGUCCUCCACCAGAGCCCAUAGCAACAGGAGGCAUCAAGCCGCGGAUCAACUUUGGGAAGAGCUUCCAGGCCGAGAUCCCGUCUUUACGGGACAGAAAAUAUGCCUGGGCCGACUCCCAUAAUGCACUGCUGCUGUGGACGCCGUAUGACGAGAUGGAGUGCCCCGUGGAUCAGCAGAGAGUGGAGGCUCUGCUGAUGAUGGCCCGGUCCAGUGUGGUACCAGGAGCCCGGGCCCAACCAGAACACGCCCUGCAGCUGCUGGCACAGUGCAAAGGAGACUUCCUGCUGACGGUGGAGAAGAUGUUAUCAGAACCAAAGACCUUCCCCAACCAGACCGGUGUUCAGUGGAGCGCCGCUGAGAAGAAGCUGCUGGUUAAAUCCCUGCAGAUCCACCAUAAAGACUUCAGCAGCGUCCAGAAAGUGGUUCGGUCCAAGUCCCUGUCAGAGUGUGUGGAGUAUUAUUACCUCUGGAAGAAGAAGCUGAGUCUGGGAGUGAAGACCCCGAAUGGGCUGACCGUCAGUCUGCCUGAAGGAAAUGUAAGAAACAGAAAGUUUGACCUGAUUGACAGUAGAAACAUUUACAACAGGAAGAACAAGUACAAUGGCUGCUGAGAGGAAGCUAGCUACGAUGUGGCUAAGCUAACCGAGAACCAAGGUUGGGUCUUCCACUUGAUGCUGUAGUUUACAUCUAUAAAACAGUAGAAAGACGUUUGAAGUACCAACCACUCGGUCUUUCCUUCAACAUUGUCUAGUCUCGACUCGUCAGGACUUCCAUAGUUUUAGCUUUGAAAUGCAACAAUUGUCCUACUUGGUUUUAACGUUUGACUCAAAACCUUCCCAGCUUUUGACUUGCAGCUGGUUUGUGUUGGUCUCAGAGCGAAGGCAGGAACUCCAGGUUUGACUUGUUCUUACAUCAACAACCAUUGGACCUUGAUGUCUUCAAACUGGAUUCCUUGUCUUGGUUCUCAUUAGUUUGAGUUUGGAACCUGACUCUUGUGACCUGACAGUGAACUUUGACUAGGCCCUGGGUCUUUGGGAUCCUGCCCAGCAAACUGACCUUAACUUUUUGACUCUGGCCAGUUGACCUGACUUUGAACUUGGUGGCUUCUUGUGGCAUCUGACUUUGGUAAUUAAGACUUUUAUGGGAGAAAUUACCCCAUGUUACACCUCAGAAAUGUUCUGAAUGUCUUAUGUGUUCCUCAUUUUCUGUUUCUAGAAGAUUAAAGAGUCUUUUUUGAGCCAUCCACUCAAACAUUUGGAGAGAAUCUAGUCUUACUGUUGUGUCAGAAACAUUUUAGAUGGAGUUUGAGUUCCCAUUAAGUUGAUUGGUGCAGCGUUUCAGGUCAGUGAACAUAAAUGAAACUAGAGGGCUGAGCAAAUGAAAACCACUGAAACCAAAUUCCUGUUAUCACUCCACAUAGACUCGUAACUGAAAACACACAACGUCGAACACACACAGGAUGCCCACUUCCUGUCAGCGCUGACAGGCUUUUGAACAAACUGUUACAUGACAUUUCAAGUAGCCAGCAACUUUCUGAAUGCGUGGUCACACCUCAGUUGACUUUAUUUCCAUUACGCUCAUUUAGGUUUCUCCAGCAGCUGCGUUCUGCCGUCACACUCAUGUUUCCAGAAAACUUCAAGAAUGUGACUUGGCGUUUAGUCUGUCAUUAGCAGCUUUUGUAAAUGAAGUUGAAAAAGAGACAAGUUAGUUACAGAAGGAGACUGAGUGGUUGGAGAGCUUUUUACCGAUUUAACAAAAGAAUAAAUCAAGAUUAUGUUAAUAUCUGCAACCACUUCUUUUUCUCUUAUUUUUGUUUAUCUUUCUUCAGGGUCAAAAAACGUCAAAAUCCCAGAAAGCCUCAUGAAGCCAGAGAGCAUCAGCCUCUCGGGGAACACACUACUUAACAACACAAACCCACACAUGUAGAUUAAAAAAACAGAAAACAUGGAAGCCAUUUUCUUCCGGGUUUGUUGGUUAAUUGUAGUUCGUUUAGGGUAAUGUGACAAUGUUUGAAAUGAUGACGUCUGUAUUUAUCCAUGAAACUGUUUAAAUGUGCAAAGCUGCUUCACCCUGAAGCCUUAGUCUCCUGUCAAUGUAUGUAGGAGCGGAUCUAUGUGAUCUAUUUCUACACAGCACUGGACUUUCCUGUUGUGACAAUUUAAUAAAGCAGCCAAAUGUGAACAA